AAGAGAGUAGACAAAUCUAUAGAUGUUAGCAGAGCACGGUUUAAAGAGUUGCAGCUUAGUAUGGCAAUGUUUUGAUCUUAUUGUAUACAGUUUUCCUUCUCGUAUUUGGAAGGUGAUGAAAGGAUAGAAACUUUUCCAUCCUGAAACUAAGAAAUAAUUUGGUGAACAUUAAAUAACUACUGGCGUGGUUUUUCUUGAAUGAAAUCGCAUCUUCUAUUUUUUGUAUUCAUUAGUUACAUGAUCUAAUUACACAUAAGAAACCAGUAAAAUUUAUUAACUGCAACUGAAACAUCAACGAUGAGGUAUUAGGUGUUUUAAUGGGAACGUCUGACUGCAACAUGAAGAUCUUCUGACUUCAUCUUUCUUGUGAAAAUGUUUGAGCCUUAUAUGCCUCGGUAACCCAACUGCGCCAAUUCAAAAAUUUCAUAAAGUAGAAGAAAUUCUGUGUGUUAAGCAAUUUCAUGAUGUUUCGUAAAAAAAUUAGCAGUGAUCUUUUUUUACUUAUAUUACUGGUUGUGAGGCUUCGACUCGAUUCCGAUAUUGAUAAUCGUUGGAAUCGUGGACCAGAAAGCCGUGAAGUACAGUUAGGCAACAGUUUUGCCUACACUCAAAUCAACUUUCAUUUGCCACAGUCAAACAUCCGUCUUGCUCACCCAAAAAGCCUAGAUUUCAACGAAUUUGAUGAAGCUGCCGUUAUAUUCAAUCGACUCAACUACUUUAAUAGUGUGCGCGAAAGAAGUCAACUUCUUGCUUACUAUGCCAGCUCACCAGGUAGUCAAGAUACUGGUCCAUCUCCAAGUGAUGCUGGAUCUAACGGCACUCGACUCGAUUCCUCUCUGGAUCCGUCUUUGCCAACUGGUUCGUCUGCACCUCUUGAACUGCCCAGUGGAUUGUCCACAGAAGCAGCAAGUUCUCUCUUACCUCAAGAUCUCACACGUGAGGAUAUGGAUCUCAUUGAAAUUCUAUGGAAACAAGAUAUUGAUUUAGGAGUUUCUAGAGAUGCUUACGACUUUGACUCACGUCAAUCUGUUGAAGCUGAAAAAUUAAAAGAGUUAGAGUAUUCAAAACAGCAUGUUAAAGUGUGUUUUAAUGAUGAUGACAUUAAAGUUGAAGAAGAGACAUCCCUGCCAGACGAAUUAGCUGGCUUGAACUAUACUAUUGAUUCUGAAACAGGGGAAUAUAUACUUGAAGAAUUGACAACCUUUGGAGAAACUGAAGAUUUACCACAACUUGAACCAAGGGAGGCUUUGCGAGAAGAUUCAUAUUUACCUGUCAGUGAAAGUGCUCAGUCAUUGAACUUGACAGAUGUUUUUCCCCCUUCAGCUUUUGAUCAGCUUCUGCCAGAUAAUUUUAGCACUGAUUCUGAAUUUUUCUUGUCUCAAAUUGAGGAUUUAGAGAAAGAACUUGCCCAGUUUGAGUCGUUAAACAGCACAGGAGCAAACUUUUCCAUGCCAGGAGAUGUAUUUUCAAGUUUGGACGACUGCCUAUCAGAUAGUGCUACCAGCAUGCUACCAAUCUUAGCGCUGAGUGGAGCUUAUCAAGAAUCCGUUUCUUCUCUAUCUCAAAGAACUGGGCAGGAAUAUAAUCUGGUCACUGAUAAUAAUAUUCCGCAUUCAUCUACAAUACUAAACAGAUCUUCAGAAAGCUUCUCCAAUAUAUUGAACUCUACAUCUUUAGAAGUUGCUCAUACUGAUGAUGCAUUUUCAGCCAUACCUUCAGUUAUGGGGCCAUCAAGCAUUGGUUGUGCUGUUGUGGAAUCUAUGGCAACUCUUACAAAUGAUACAGAUCCAUUACCUAAUAGUAACUCUGUUAGUACUGGAUAUCAUGCAGAGCUUCCAGAAAUUCUCUAUGCAAAUCAAAGUACUACAUCUCAACAAGAAAUGCCUUUCUCCGAUCUUCUCUUAGAUGAUUAUUAUAUGUUGACUGGACUUCCUUCUGUUCAAGACAUCACAAGUGAAGAAAAUAUUGAAUCUAGCUCUGAUUCAGUUUCAUUAGCAUCUGGCUACAACCCAUCUGUUUCUGAUUGUGCUGACAUGAUUGACUCCUGUUCUGAAUCUUCUUCUCAUUAUGGUGACAGAGAUGAACUAAAUAGGAACAAUUCACAUAUUACAAAUAUGCCUGAUAAACAACAAACGUUUGAACUAUUUCAUUCAGCUAUGCCACCAAAAAGAUUAAGACCUGUUCAUGUUAAAAGCGAAAGGGAGCCUAGAAGAAUAAGUCAGUCAAAUGCACCUAGUCAAAAUCAACAAUAUUUUACCUACAAAAAUUCAUAUUCGGAGCUUCCUGAAACUCCUAGUGGAAUGCUGCCAGGGUCAAAUGAUGCAUCAUGCAAGCAGUUUGGUAUGGCAGUUCCAAGACCAGCUAAUUGUGGGGAUUACUUUUUGCAUAAUCAUUCUUACCAUCUUCCUUUUGCAAAUGAUGAUUCCAGAUACAAACCUUUUGUAAGAGAUAAAUCUAAAUCCUCUUCUGAUGAAGAUUAUUGCAGUAAAGAUGAAAGAAGAGCUAAGGAACUAAAAUUACCAAUCAGUAUUGAAGACAUUAUAAAUCUGGCUAUUGAUGAGUAUAAUGAGAGAUUGUCAAAAUAUGAGUUGACUGAAGAACAACUAACUCUAAUCAGAGAUAUUAGACGGCGUGGUAAAAACAAGGUUGCUGCUCAGAAUUGUCGGAAAAGAAAAAUGGAUCAAAUCAGUACUUUACAAAAUGACCUGGAUGCGCUGCAUAGAGAACGUUUGCAGUUAAAAUCUCGGCAGAAUCAUCUUUUACAUCAGAAACAUCACAUGGAGGAUAAAUAUACCAAAUUUUACCAGCUAGUUUUACAAAGUUCAAAUACAAGGCCACCUGGUUCUUCAAACAAUAUUCCUAUUCAUAAUAACAAUGAAAUGACUUUUUCCAUGACAUCUGAUAUAUUUAUGUCAGAUGAUGAUACUGAUCUUAGUAGAGGAGCCAGAACAAAACGGAAAAUGAAGAAAUGACAACAGCACAGACUAGUUUCUUUCUUUUUUUCCCCCGUACAUUCUUUGAAGUAAAAGCUUCUUUCAUUUUACAAGAAGUCUUCAGAUUAUUUGUGAUAAACAUAGUUUUUGCAUACAUGCAAUUUCAUUUUUACUAAUCAUUUGAACUAUAUUUUUUAUUCUGGAAUCAUUGAUUUUUUUUUUUUUUUUUUCAAAUCAAUUUAUUUCGAUUUUGAUGAACCUUGGAUAUGGGUAUAAAAGCUUCCUAAUGAAGAAAAAAAUCAUCUUUAUUUAUCACUAUCAUUCCAUUUCAUAAUUAAGUUUGAAUUUCGUGAGAUCAUCUUAGGCAGUAGCAAUACCUGAAGUUUUUUUUACCCCAAAUCAGCAAAAGUGUUAAAAUCCUAAUAAAGACAUGCAUUAAAGAAACUGUCAUACAUUAAUGCUACUUCAUAACUGUUGUGUUGAAAAGACUACUCAUUUUGUAUGAAAUAAAUUGAAAAUUUUCUUCUCUAAAUAAAGUAAUUUAGAAAAAAGAAUUAAUAAAUAUUACACUCGUGGUAUAUUACACAAUUCUACGGUCAGAAAAGCUUUGUAAAAUGCAAUGCAGCUACUACCAAAAAAAAGGCUACGGUCUGCAUAACCUCAUUUGUGUUUUAAAACUGUUUUACAUUUGAAUAAAACUAUAUAUAAAAAGUAAAUUUUUGAAACUUUUAAGUUUGGGAAGUCUUUUAAUGGUAUAAUUAUUUAACAAUCAAGUCUUGAAGCAUAAUAAAAUUUAGUACAUUACAAAGUUGUUUUUCAACUGCAAAAAUUCUAAAACAUUGCAUAAAGCAUGCUUGAGCAGCAUUUCAAUGGAUUUGGCUUAAAAUCUAAAGCAGAA